UAAGCGCUGAUCCGUCAGCUAAACUACACGAAAUGAGGCGCUAAAUCUAGACGAGAUGGAGAUUAUUUGGAUCUGGACCCUGUCGAUAGUCCAAGACAUACGCGCAGACAUUUCAAGAGGGACUAAGGAGGUCAUAAAUACUGCCGAGAAGGAAAUUGAUUCGAUCAUGUGCUAGCUAGCCGGGUGGCUAACCUGCUCGACAAGCAGAAGGAAAUUAGCGCUGUAAAUAAGGAAACAAACAGGCUCUUAAUUUAAAGUAAAGAUUAACUUGAUUCGUAAUAUAUAUGUCGAUCUGUAAAUAGAAGUGCCAUUAAGCGGGGAUGUUGAACAAACACAAGUCAGUUGACACAGGAGGACCAGUGCCAAAAAGAUAAACAUCAACAAGCCUCUUCUAGUUAGAUUCACGUUGGUGGUUAUUUGUAUUCGCGAGGCUGAAAAGCAAGUCCUCCUUUUUUAAUGGAGAGAAAAUGUGUCAAAAGAGAAGCAAGGAGGAGCAGUUUUGUCAUGGUGAUGGCAACUCUGAUCUUCUCAUGUUUUUUGAUUGGAGUUACUGGUCAAGAUGGACAUGCUAUGACUGCAGAGGAGAAGUCUAAAAUCAGUUACUUUCACCAGAACAUUUUCAACUGCAACUCGGUCUUCCAUUUAUUUUCAGGGACCAGAUUUUGGAAAUGUUUGAUCAUGCCUACAACAGUUACAUGAAAUAUGCCUACCCAGCAGAUGAAUUAAUGCCCCUCAGCUGUAGAGGGAGAGUGAGAGGGCAGGAACCAAAUCGAGGAGAUAUCGAUGACUCUUUAGGAACGUUCUCUUUAACAUUGAUAGACACUUUGGAUACCCUUGUGUUGCUUAACAAACUGGAUGAGUUUGAGGAAGCUGUAAAGAAGACGAUCAGUGAUGUAAGACUGGAUAAUGACAUCGUCGUCUCUGUUUUUGAAACCAAUAUCCGUGUGCUGGGUGGAUUGUUGGGCGCACACGUGAUGGCCGAUGUUCUAAAGAAGCGAGGAGAGAGGAUGCUGUGGUACAAAGAUGAACUGCUGCACAUGGCCAAAGACUUGGGCUACCGCCUCUUGCCUGCCUUUAACACCACCAGUGGCCUUCCUUACCCUCGGGUCAAUCUGCGCUAUGGAGUCGUCAGCCCGCUUUCCCGUACGGGCACUGAGUCGGACACCUGCACUGCCUGCGCAGGCACCAUGAUCUUGGAGUUUGGUGCUCUCAGCCGGCUAUCUGGGGAAAAGAUAUUUGAGGAUCACGCACGGAGAGCUCUCGACGUUCUAUGGGAGAAAAGGCAAAGAGGAAGUGACCUCGUCGGCACGGUGAUCAACAUCCACAAUGGAGACUGGGUUCGAAGGGAUAGUGGUGUUGGUGCUGGUAUUGACUCUUAUUAUGAAUACUUGAUGAAAGCUUAUAUUCUUCUUGGGGACAAAGUAUAUCUCGAAAGGUUCAACACACACUACAGUGCCAUUAUGAAGUACAUCAGCCAACCUCCACUGCUGCUCAACGUGCACAUGCACAACCCCACCGUGCACGUGCGCAGCUGGAUGGAUUCAUUACUCGCCUUCUUCCCCGGAUUACAGGUUCUGAGAGGAGACUUAAAACCUGCCAUUGAGACACAUGAGAUGCUGUAUCAAGUGACCAAACAGCACAAUUUCCUCCCUGAGGCCUUUACCACAGAGUUCAGAGUUCACUGGGGUCAGCACCCUUUGAGACCCGAGUUUGCUGAAAGCACAUACUUCCUUUAUAAAGCCACAGGUGAUCCAUACUACUUGAACGUGGGGCAGACUAUAGUGGAGAAGUUGAACACUCAUGCUCGAGUCCCUUGUGGCUUCGCUGCCGUGCAGGACGUGAGGACGGGUUCCCACGAGGACAGGAUGGAUUCCUUCUUCCUGGCCGAGAUGUUUAAGUACCUCUACCUUCUCUUCUCAGAGAAGAGUCAGCUGCCUAUAGACAUUGACGAUUAUAUUUUUACUACUGAGGCUCACUUGCUUCCAGUGUCUCUGUCCACAUCCCAGCCCCCCUGCCACAGCAACGACACGCAACCUCAAGCAUCUCUUGAAAACGAUUUGUUUUCAUACUCCUGUCCCAGCGCUCAGACCCUCUUCCCCAACAACCCCACUUUUGCCAAGACUAUCAGAGACGGCUACAAAUACCUUACUGGUGUGGGCAGAGCCCGGCAGAUUUCACAAGUCAGGGAGAUCGAGCUGCCUCUUCAUGACACAGGCCUGGAGCCAGUAGAGUUUCUGAAAAGCAUUGGUAUCUCUUUAGGUCCUCUCACUGAGCUGGGCUCCUCCAUCCGAGGCUCAGCAACUCAGGAGUCUCAGAAAGGGGUGUAUAAGUUAAAGCUGGUCGCGGAGGUGAGCCAAACCCCAGAACAAGAGGAAGUGGUGCCAUUGAUUGUGCAGCUCAUUUCCCCUCCGUUUUUGGGUAGAACGGUCCUCACAGCCGGACCAGCGAAAUUUGGAAUGGACCUUACCAAACAAGAGCACGGGGUGAAAGGCAGUAUUGUGAUAAGUGCUCCAUACACAGCAUGCGGGACUAUUGAGAACGCUGUAGAGCUACAAGGACGCAUAGCGCUGGCAUUGAGAGGAGACUGCAUGUUUGCUGGCAAAGCUCGACGUCUCCAAGAAGCAGGAGCCAUCGGGGUCAUCUUCAUAGAUCACAGAGAGGGCACCAGCAUUGCAGAGACGCCACUCUUUCAGAUGGUUGGAGACGGAGACUCUACGGAUGACAUCACCGUUCCGCUUGUGUUCCUCUUUAACAAAGAGGGAGCUACGCUUACUACCGCUCUGCAGGAACAUCACAAUGUAGAUGUUCUUCUGUUGUCCAAAGAGAAACAACUUGGCAAAGAGAAACCUGAGAAGCUUAACAUAAAGUUUCGUCUAGCAAAGGAGGGAGAGUUUGGAGAAGGGGAGGUGGAGAGCACUACAAUCCAGCUGGUGCUGGAGCAAAUUGAGGCGACUACAGAGACCCAAGGUGCAGAGGCGGGAUCCUCGACAGAAACUUGCACCUCCUCCCCACCGAAAGAUCCUGAAAACAGUCCCUAAAAGCGAAAACAGCGUGUGACCAUGAUCUCCCUUACAGAACACAGAGCUGCUGCACCGUCACUGACCUCAGAUCAGAAAACGCAGGAAAAUUGUGCUUCGGAGAAGCUGUUUCUGUUGAGCCACGAAUGUACCAUGUGAGCUUCGAAAGGGGAGCGCAGAAGCCAGUCGGUCAAUCACUUUCCCUUGUGAAAAUCUUAAGAUACCUUGUGUAGUAUCUAGAUUGAGAGGGCUAGACAUGCAGAUAUGCUGUCUGUAUGAUAUUGUACUUGUUGCAUAGGUUCUUCUCGGUUUAUCCGGAUCACACAGGCUCUCAAUCAUUUCUCAUUCCUAAGUGUCUUGAACUUCCUUUAAGAGACAGUUUAUCCGGAAAUGAUGGAGCCCUCAUAUCGUUCUAGACCUGUAUGACUUUCUUUGUAUCUCUUUUUAGGGUAUGUGUCUUAAAACGGAUCCAAUGACCAAACCCCGAAAACCAGUGUUAUGGGGAGUUUAUGAAAGAUGAUGUUUAAUGACAGGGAAUGGACCAGUGUACCAAUUUUUUUACAUUCAGUUUGUAUACAGAGAUAUCAGGGACACCUAUGACUUGAAUAUGAAUAUGUGUGUGUGGGAGUUAUGUAAAGUGCAUUUGUCGUGUGCAUUUCAUCAUGUGCCAAUACUAAAUCUGUGCAUUUAUGCGUGUGUGCAUUAUCAUGUAUGCAUUUUCCCUUUAAAUCCAGUAACUGAUUAGGGGAGAUUUUGAGACGGUCUGCUUUGAACAGGUGCAGACAUUGCAAUGAAAGGUCCCGGACAGACAUCAAACCAUCAGGGUUUACAUGAUGAUAUUGUUUGUGCAAUCAUAGACAUUUCAUGUGUCGGCAAAGCUGCUUUCUUUCUUUCUUUUUCCCUUGUGAUUCAUAUAUAGUGUUGCUUUUGCAAGGGCAACUGUGUGGCAAUAGUUAUAUCAGACCAAAACAUUUAAUUUUAAGUCUAAGUAGAUGUCAAAUGCAAUGUAUUCACGGUUGAUUGUCAUGUACUCUUCUGUACCUGUUCUUGUUUCACAAAGGGCUUAUGACCGAUUCACUUUAAUGAAGCUAAACAUUUCAGAUCAGAUUGUUAUGAGCAUUAUAUGUAUUUCUUAAGAUACACUUGAGAUCAUGAGGUUAUACGGCCUAUUUAUCAAAGACCAAAGUCAAGAAAUGUUUCAUAGCGGGGAGGGUAUGAGAUUUUCAUUUUAAAAGUGUCUUUUAAGGAGCCGUUUUUGUAAGGAUUGAUGAAAGAAUGAUCAGGACGUGCCAUUAAAAUAAAGUUUCCAGGACUGUACUUGUCCACCCCUUUUUAA